AUGGAUGCAAAUUCUGCAAUCAAUAACAGCAAAAACCUCCAAAUGGAAGGAAAUGUUGAAAGCAAUAGUAGAUUAUCUGAUCUACCUGAUGAAAUUUUGCAAAAGAUUUUAUCAAAUCUUCCAACAAAAGAAGCAGUUGCAACAAGUGUUUUAUCAAAAAGAAUGGUGGAUCAAUGGAUGAACAUCAAUAAAAUCGAUUUGAACUUUGAUGAAAGUGCCCCUGAGAAGCGACAACGUUUCAUAGAGUUUAUCGAUAAAUUGCUUGUGGUUUUAAAUAUUUCAAAACUAAAAAUAUUUUCGCUCUCCUUUGAAGUUGGCGAGGAGUUUCCAAUGGUUAACAAAUGGUUAAGUGUUUUUGCCAAUUCUAUGAUUGAAGAACUAAACCUUGAACUUGAAAGAGUUACCAAACCAUUGGUUCUUCCUAAUCACUUUUUUACUUCUAAUAAAUUGACCAAGUUUCAACUUAGUAUGAGACAAGUCAUGAAUCUUCCUUCUACCAUUCAUUUUGAAAAUCUUGUGACAUUGACUUUGAAACAUGUCAUAUUCCCUAAUAGCCAUAGCACAUCAGAGUUUUUCUCUAAUUUGCCAUCCAUGAAGGAACUGUCCUUAAUUGAUUGUAACUGGAAGAAGGUUGAAAGCAUCUUCAUCAACUGUCCAUUGCUUCAAAAACUGUUUGUUAGGGAUUGGAAAGACGACGACAACGAGGAAGAAGAACAUGAUCAUGAUGUUGUAUUACAACAUAGGAAUUACUCUUACAUCAAAAUAGCGAUCAUGGCAAGUAAACUGGUAACUUUUAUAUAUGAUGGUGAUCUCAUACAUGAUUAUGCUUUGUUUAACACAACUUCAGCCACUGAUGCAACCAUUGAAGCUCAUGAACAACACAAUAAAGUGUUAGCUGCUGAUUAUUAUGUGUACACACUUCUCAAAGAACUCUUUACAGUAAAAAAGUUAUCAAUCUCUAACUUUGCUCUUGAGGCUCUAGGUCAGACAUCAUCUUUCGCAGCAAAUCUAUCUAUAUUUUUUCGUCUGCUUGUUCUUCAUGUGAUUUCAUCUUCACCUAUGGAUUUAUCCUGUCAAGGAUUGCAAGCCCUCUUAAGAAUCUCACCUAUUCUAGAAGAAAUUGUGUUUGAGCUGGGGGUUAUGCUAGAUGAAAGCGGUGCAAACGCCAUUAAUUUAUUACCAACGUGCUUUUUGACACACCUUAAAAUUAUUAAGAUAUAUAAUUUUUGUGGGAAUGAAGAAGAGAUAAAUGCUAUAAAGUAUUUGCUAAACACAACACUGGUGUUGGAUUUAUUGUAUAUUCAAUACAAUGAAUCACAUUUUGACUCUCCCGAAGGAUCAGAAAAGUUACAGAGAUUCUUUGAUCAAAUUGAUGAGUUUCCUAAACUUUCAAGGGAUUGUGUUAUUGAAAUAGAAUAA